AUGUUGCAAGUCGUUUGCACAGCAGGGAUCUUACUGGGGAUCAUCUCCCACCUUCUGAUCUUUAAGCAUGGCGAAUGGGAACGAUAUACACCCACUCUGACGGCGCUCUACGCCUUCGCUAUUGGUCUACUGAGCCCGGCUGUGACCCUUACAUUGACGGUGCUAUCCAUUCCCAGCACAUUGUUGCUUGUGUCCGCUUUCUGGGUCAGCUACAUGACUGGGCUCUUCGGAAGCAUCGGGCUCUACCGCGGUUGGCUCCACCCUCUUAGGGAUUUCCCUGGUCCUUUAGCUUGGAGAUUGACCGCACUCUGGUCCAUCAAGGUCUCUGUUCCUGAAUUCAAAUUUCCUGUAAAGGUACAACAACUUCAUGAGGAGCAUGGGGAUUUUGUUCGCAUUCGGCCUCGAGAAAUCUCAAUCAACCAUGCAGAUGCUAUCCGUGAUAUUCAUGGCCCAGGCACUGUCUGUGUCAAAGGCCCAUUCUAUGACCUAAAUUACCCCUUCAGAUCUCUGCAGAUGCUCCGCGACAAAGGUGAUCAUGCCAGAAGACGGAGAAUUUGGGAUCGCGGACUUGGUAUUAAGGCUCUGACCACAUACGAGCCUAAAAUACUCGGCCACUGCGCAGACCUCAUAAAUCAACUGAUCGCGAGAUCGCGAAACGGCAAGCCCAUCGAAAUCGGUACGUGGAUGAACUAUUUCGGUUUCGACGUCAUCGGUGACGUUGCGUUCAGCAAACCAUUUGACAUGGUCAAAGAUGGAAAGGCGGCACAAAUUCUUGAAACAUUCGAGAUGUCAAGGCCGAUAGCGGGGAGCCUCGUCUGUGUUCCCUGGACGUUCAUUCUUUUGAAAAGACUCCCUGUAUUGCGCGAUGUAUGGUCGGCACGGGUAAAAGACCACUCGCGCAAGGUUGUAGAAAGAAUGAAGCUGGGAACAGCCUGCAAGGAUCUCUUCUCCUACCUCCUCGACGACUCCCCAGGCUCACCGGCCACCUCUGACCCGUUCGUUUUCCCCGAAUUCUCCGUCCCCGGCGACCUCGUGUGCGACUCCGAGCUAGCCAUCACAGCCGGCAGUGACACGGUCGCAGCAACCCUCACCGCCCUCAUCUACAUCCUCGCUACCCACCCAGACAAGCAAGCCCUCCUCCAGCAAGAACUCGACACCCUCCUCACGGGCAUCGACGACAUCUCCUAUCAAAAAUUGUCUAUCCCCAACGGCUCCCCGAUGCUCGAAGGUGUUAUUCUUGAAACCCUCCGGUUAUACCCCGGGGCGCCGGGUGGAAUGCAACGCAUGACGCCUCCCGAGGGUGCACGCAUUGCUGGCAGAUGGAUUCCUGGCAACACACUCGUGUCUACACCGACAUAUACCCUGCAUCGAGACCCGCGAAACUUCGAGCACCCAACCACCUUCAUCCCCGAGCGCUGGUCCCCCGCCGCCGCAAACCUAAUCAAGCACAAAGAAGCCUUCAACCCCUUCUUGAUCGGCGCCAACUCGUGCGCGGGAAAGGCCAUGGCGCUCAUGGAGCUGCGCCUCGUGACCGCCCUGAUUUUCCGCACGUUCACGGUCCGGUUGCAUGCGGUGGCUACGGGAAAAACUACUUCUACUUCUACUUCUACUUCUACUACUACUACUAUUAACAAUAAUGCCAAUACCAAUAAUGCUAAUGCUGCAAGACAAAAGGAGAGCAGUCAUGAUACAGCCACGCUGCAGCAAUCGCCGCUGUCGUAUUUCGACGAGCAGGAACCGGGCUGGAGGGAUUAUUUCACGGCUAAGCCGCCGCCGUUUGAGGUUUUGUUGGAGAGGAGGGCGUAG